AUGGCAAGGCGCACUACUCUUAUCCGCUCCACUCUUAACGGCCUUGCAAACCAUGUUAUGCAAUUCACUAUUCUUCCGAAACAGGAUUUGACCAAUGCACCUCCUAUGGACUGGAUUCCUAAAUUAAUCAAGCAAUCCGGGCAAACCCCUAUCUCUCCCGUUCCUUCGGCCACCCCUGUUUGCUUUGGUCUUUGGAUUAACAGAAACAAUAACCACUUUAACCAUACCAAUAAAUAUCCAGAUUACAGGCAACCUAUGCAAAGGGCAAUUGAAUUUCACUCUUUGGGACCAAAUUACAAACCCUCUCGAAUUCCCAUUUCCAUCGACUUAUCCUGGUCCCCUCCAACUAACGGUUUCAAAUUAAAUACUGAUGGGGCAUGCUCGCAGACUAGUACUCAAAAAGGAGGCUUUGGUGGAGUCAUUCGCGACUCUGCCGGAUCAUGGAUUAUUGGAUUCAUGGGAUCGGUACAAAACACAUCUCCUUUAGCUACUGAAAUGCUUGCGCUAUUUCACUGUCUACGCAUUGCUCAACUUCACAACAUACAACCAUUAGAAAUUGAAAUGGAUGCCCAGGCAGUCGUACAUCGAUCUACUUUGUAA